AGUUGCAACCCGACAGUCCUCGAGUCAUGCUCGGAGAACGAGAUGUGCAAGGUGGAGGUGGUGGGCCAGAGUGGCACGUGCCAGUGCCUGCCGGACUUCACCUUCAACGCGCAGACGAACGAGUGCGAGGAGCCCAAACCACCCCCUGAUGACUCUCCCAGCCACCUUAGUCUCGGCCUCGGCCUGGGCAUCACCUUCACCAUCGUCUUAGUGGCCGUGGUACUGGCCAUUGCCCACAGAAGAUACGGAAUCCUCUCGGGCGUCUGCAGCCGCCUCCCCACGCUACACCUGUUCGGCAAGAGAGGGGAGGAGUUCGUCGUAGACAGUGGGGAUGACGACAGUCCUAUCGUAUAAUGAAGGGUGAAGGAAGAGGAGGGAUGGGGAAAUGUGAGGGGAGAGGAAAAGGAGAAAGUGUUGAGAGAGAGAGAAUACCG